UAGUAACCUUCAUGUUAAGAGGAAAAAUGUCCUAAUCUUAAAUCCUGCAAGAUAAACAAUUUUCCUUUUUUUCUUUUUAACGAGAGUUUGCCGAUUUUUGGGGCUUUAGGCCAGUUUCUUUCUGAUAAUUAUGCCGGAUAGUUAUAAAAAGUCAACUGUCGAUAACUAUUGUUAAAAUGGUCUUGAGCCUCUCCUUUAUCAACGUGUUGGGGAAGAAGUUCAGAGACUAAGCAUUGUACAAUCCAUUCCUGAGUUAUUGGUCGAAGAUCAAGUAGGAUGUAUGCAAUCAAUAGUGCCAAAAAUGCAGCAGUCUUUGGUAGGUGGAAGUACCGAGUACCAGGUAGUUGCAAGCCGAACUGUCCUUACUAUACUGAAGGACCGUCUCAUUCCGAUGGACAGUUUUGUAAACACAUUUUUGCCAACUAUCCUAAGUUCAAUGGACAACAGAGAUUUGAUUGUCGUAAACGCAUGGACAGAAACAUUAUUAGAAGCUAUCAAACUGUUACCACUUGAUGUCCUUCGACGUCAGAUUGGCCCCGUAGCAGUGUCCAGAUCUCAGAUGGGCCGAUCUGUAAACGUCCGCAUUUCUAGUUGCCAUCUAUUGGGAGAAAUGGCACUGAGAUACGACGUAUCAAACUUGAAGAAAGAACUACUUCCGACGAUAAUAUCGCUUUGUCAAGACGUUGAUGGUGAUGUCAGAGCUACAAUAUGUCGCCAGCUUCAGAAAGUCCUCCCUCAACUGAGACACGAACCAAACAAAACAACAGUUCUUAGUUCUCUAAUUGAACUCGCAGCGGAUGAACUUCUGAAGGUGCGAGAAUCGGCAUUUAUCACUGUCACUGAAGUCUUAAAUGUAGUUGGUAUCGACGUUGUUAAAUCUACUAUGGUUCCUCUUAUUAAGCAGCUGGUAAAUUAUGGCUUUAAAAUAGACGAUAAUCUUAUUCCUGCUAUUUCAGAAUAUUUUGGAAAAAUGUGUCUUGGAAUUGACAAGGCCUUAGGUCAGGAUAAGGAGUUGUUCGUUAAAUAUUUCGUAGUUUUGGGAGCAAUAGGCAUGUCUCACAGUAAGAAGGUUGAAAGAUCUCCACUCGAUGGUCUUGUGCAGCUCAACCUCUCAAGCCUAACACCUGAGAAAUUUGUCAUAUGCAGGAAGAACUGUGCCAUGAACUUGCCAGCAAUGUGCAAAUUUGCAUAUGAUGAGAACAGUUCUACCUUUGUGGAAAUGAUUCAUGUAAUCUUGUCUGAUCUGACAACUGAUCCUUAUUAUAUGGUCAGGAAAACGAUCGCCCAGGGGAUGGGUGAAAUUUGUAUAAAUCUUGGUAAAUACAACUAUUUACUCAAGCAUGAUUUCCUACAGUUGAUGUAUGAUGAAGGUGAUGAAGUCCUUGAAGCUUUUGUACCUAACAUCAACAUCAUUAUAGAUAAUUUUAUUAAAACUGGAGUGUACAAAACUGAGGCGACUACAAAAGAAACUAUAAUGGAUCUCUCGAAAGCCCUGUUAAAGUGCGAAGGGCUUAUUUCAUCAUGGCACAACUGGAGGCUGUACUCUUCAUUCAUGGAUCAAAUUACAAUGCUUCACAAAAUAAACUCACCAGACAGUCUGUUCAACAACUUUGUGACAUUAUUGUUCAAAAGACUCCACGGAACUAGGGUUGUUCCUAUUAGACUCGCGGUUAUGAGACUACUUCUAACUUAUCUGCGAUAUUUUCCAAAGGCUCAACAGAAAACCGAAAUCAGAAAUCGAAUUCUUAACGAAUUUUGUCAAAGUAACAGUUUUUACAACAGAAUGUUCUACAUCAGAUCAUGUUACAUUAUUUUUGACCUUUUCUCCAUGGCUUACUUUAAGGAGCAUUUCUUUUUUCGUACUUUGCAAUUAGUCGAUGAUCCUGUUCCCAAUAUACGCUGGGCGAUGCUCAUGAUGCUCCCGAGGUUAAAGCAGAUGGUGAAGCAGCCUACAGAAAAAAAGAUGGCAACGCUUGUGGAUAGUGCUUUCUCAAAACUUUCUGAAGACAAGGAUAAAGAGAUUCAGGGUCAGAUUGGAAAAGUUAAAAUACAAAUGGAUACUGUAGAUAUGAAAAUAUUCCCAAAUGAUGGGAAAAAAUUUGAAGAAGAAAAAAAGUUGCUGUCGAAUGAAUUGCGCAAUGACAAAACUCCACAGUUUGGAGCACAAGCUACACGAGCAGUAGAAACCAAAUCAGGGCAAGGGCAAGCACAACCUACUGCGGCUCCUGGUGCAGCUCGUGCACCAGCAGGAACACCUUCAAAAGGCCAACCAAAUUCUUCACCAAGAAAAGGUGCUGCUAAUAGCCAGUCUCAGUCUCCAUCCUCUAGCAGAUCUCCGUCUGUCACUAGUUAUAGUUCAACUGGGCGAAGAGAGGCACCUGUAUCACUCGACAGCAUGGAAUUUCUAAUCGAUGCCGGGGUCAAGAUCAUCCCGAAACCAAAAACUGCCACUGUCAACAUGGGCCAGCAUACACCUAUUAAAAAACCAUCGAGAAGUAUCCCUGUGCUACGAGUGCCUAAGAACAUUGAAAACAGGAACAGCAUUAACAACAACACAAAGUCUGUAGACAAGAGGCACAGUCUUGAAGUCGUCGACCUCAACAAGAAUAUCCAGAAAGGAAACUGGAAUCAAACAACCGAAGGGGGCAGAGUUGUUCGAAAACAGUCACAACUACCGAGACCCCUUUCUUGCAUAAAUUUCCCGACAAAGAUUUCGAGUGUCAGUCCUGGCCCGAUUAACAAAUUUACAACAAACAGGCCACACAAUGUAAACAAACAGCUCUGAUGAUGUUUGCUUCAGAAAUAUGGAUUUAUUGAAAAAUUAGUAUACAAACAGCAGAGAGAAAGAGAGCCUGAAAAAAUUCAGUAUUAUGUACCUGUACAAAACACUUAAACCAAAGGCAUGUUAAUAAUUGUACAUCGAAGGGUAAUGUGCAAUUGUUAUUAAAAUUAAUCAAAAUAUUAACUAUUCAUUACUAUUCAUUCGUUAGGAAGAGUUGAGACUAAUAUGUUUUAUUAACAAGUUAUGUUUUGUAAAAUUAAUAGUUGACAAUUAGUUGUGUAAGUGUUUACAAGUUACAAUGUUUAAAGGAUUAAGUGCUGUCGAUUGUAAUAUUACAAUUUGUUGUAUGCAUUUAUUUUUGUACAAAUUAAAGUAUAUAUAGGUUGUUAUAACAUAACUUGCAUAGAUUCAAUAAAAUAUUUAUUUCUGAAAA